UUUUUUUUUGCGAAAACGAAAGGAAGGGAGGGGGACACCAUAGCACUAUUCGGUCACACUGACUUAAAGAUCGGAGAGAGCGCGUCUAACAGCUUAUUUUCUGCAAGGGUUUUGCAGUCUUUCCCCCCCUCUCUCCUUUGAUCGGGGUAAUCGCCAUGAAUAAGCUGUAUAUCGGUAAUUUGACGGAAGACGCGAGUCCGGUGGAGUUAGAAAGUCUCUUCAAAGAAUGGAAGAUCCCUUUCAGCGGCCAGUUUCUUGUUAAAACUGGUUACGCGUUUGUAGACUGCCCAGACGAGAAUUGGGCAAUGAAGGCCAUCGAUAAACUCUCAGGUAAAGUGGAGCUUCAUGGAAAACUAUUAGAAGUGGAGCAUUCUGUCCCAAAGAGACAAAGGAGUCGCAAAAUUCAGAUCCGAAACAUUCCUCCACACCUGCAGUGGGAGGUUUUGGAUAGUUUGUUAGCGCAAUAUGGCUCAGUGGAAACCUGUGAACAAGUGAACACAGAGACAGAGACGGCUGUUGUCAAUGUAACCUAUGCUGCUAAAGACCAAACCAGACAAGCAAUUGAAAAGUUAAAUGGAUAUCAGCUAGAAAACUACUCCUUGAAGGUUACCUAUAUUCCUGAUGAAAUGGCUACACAGCAACCCACUCCGCAACAUCCCCAGGGAGCAAGGCGUGCAUUUGGUCAAAGGGGUCCACCUCGUCAAGGCUCACCUGGCACUACCAGUCGACCCAAACAGCAGUCCGAUGUACCUCUACGUAUGCUGGUUCCAACCCAAUUUGUGGGUGCUAUCAUUGGAAAAGAAGGAGCUACAAUCCGGAACAUCACAAAACAAACACAGUCCAAGAUUGAUAUACAUCGCAAAGAAAAUGCUGGUGCUGCAGAAAAACCAAUAACCAUCCAUUCUACACCAGAAGGUUGUUCAGCAGCUUGCAAAACAAUACUGGAGAUCAUGCAAAAAGAGGCUCAGGACACAAAAUUCACUGAAGAAAUUCCUUUGAAAAUUCUGGCACACAAUAAUUUUGUUGGAAGACUCAUUGGAAAAGAAGGAAGAAAUCUAAAGAAGAUCGAACAAGACACUGACACAAAAAUCACCAUUUCUCCUUUGCAGGACCUCACUCUUUAUAAUCCAGAAAGAACAAUCACAGUAAAGGGUAGCAUAGAGGCUUGUGGAAAGGCAGAAGAAGAAGUAAUGAAGAAAAUAAGAGAGUCUUAUGAAAACGAUAUGGCUGCUAUGAAUCUUCAAGCUCAUUUAAUCCCGGGUCUCAACUUGAAUGCCCUUGGACUGUUUCCUUCCUCCUCACCUGGAAUGGCUCCUUCAACGAUUCCGGCUGCCCCUACUGGUGCUACUCCUUCAUAUACAUCAUUUGGGCAGCAGCCAGAGUCUGAGACUGUACAUUUGUUCAUUCCGGCCUUGGCAGUAGGAGCCAUUAUUGGAAAACAGGGACAACACAUCAAGCAACUUUCCCGGUUUGCAGGUGCCUCAAUAAAGAUUGCACCCGCAGAAGGACCAGAUGCCAAACAGAGAAUGGUGAUAGUUACAGGGCCACCAGAAGCCCAGUUUAAGGCUCAAGGGAGAAUAUUUGGAAAAUUGAAAGAGGAGAAUUUCUUUGGACCCAAAGAAGAAGUAAAACUGGAAGCACAUAUAAAAGUACCAUCUUAUGCAGCUGGAAGAGUUAUUGGCAAAGGAGGAAAAACUGUGAAUGAACUGCAAAAUCUAACCAGUGCAGAAGUAGUAGUGCCAAGAGACCAGACACCAGAUGAAAAUGACCAAGUGAUCGUAAAAAUAACUGGACAUUUCUAUGCAAGUCAGCUUGCACAACGAAAAAUACAGGAAAUCCUAUUGCAAGUGAAGAGGCAACAGCAACAGAAACCCCCCCAGAGUGGGCAACCUCAACCAAGGAGAAAAUAAACACUUCAAAGUUAGGAAAACUGAGCACCCCGGCCCAAGACGGAGGCAGAUGCCAGACCAAAGAGUUGGACUGUUGCUAGCAGGGAGCAGCACACACUCUUGUCCUAAUUUGAAUGACAAACUUGCUCUCCUGUCAAGGACCAUCAGCUUUGUUUUAAUUUUUUUUUUUUUGAAAUCCAGCUUUAAAAACUGUUGGACCCCCAUCACUUGUUUAUAUUCUAAGCUCAUUUGUCCGCCCUGCUGUUUUUUUUUUUUUGUUUUUUUUUUUAUUCCCAUCUUCAUUUAUUUGGGUUAAUGAAGCUUUCUCUUGUGAAAGUUUUUCCCCGCACAUUAGAAGGCGUUGCUUUGCAUGGUCUGCUUGCUUAGGAAGAUUUAACAGGUUUGGAGUGGGAAUGAAAAGGUCUCUUUUUUUUAAUGCGGGAAAUUACUCAAGAAAAGCAGAGACUUGGCUCAUCCCAGUAGUUAGUGGCAUUUUAUAAAUCUGGAUACAUUUUAUAGAAGACACUGCCAUAAAAACUUAAAGGGAAGUGUUGAAUGGUGUUGGCCAGGAAAUGAAAUUUAUUAUGCAUUUUACUAAACUACCUCAGGCAUUUAGUACCUCAGCGAAAAGAUUUUUUGGUAUUUUGUAUACUUUAUAAAGCUAAUUCUUGAGCAUUUUAUU